UAGUCUUGAAACUGCAAUCCCCUCUUCUUCUGAAAACCGACAUAGCUCAAGAUCAUAUACUUGUUGGUUCUCGCUUAAAAUUUUCCCUGUGAUUUUCUCGGCCACCAAACGGAAGAUAAUUCACCGGCUGAUUCUUUUCCUCUUCCCAGUUUGUUAGCGAGAUGGGGGUGAAGGCGAAGAAAGCAUUGAAGAAGAAACUGGAGAAGGCUUCUGCUCAGUUCGCACUUUCUGAUCCUAAAAAUUCAGCCCCUGAUUUCUUGCCGUUGGAAGGCGGACCGGCACGGAAGCUUCCUGUCGAGAAGCCGCAGGAGAGUAAAGCGACGGUGCUGUACAUUGGUCGCAUACCACAUGGGUUCUAUGAGAAUGAAAUGCAAGCUUAUUUUCAACAAUUUGGCACCAUCAAGAGAUUAAGAAUUGCCCGUAAUAAAAAGACGGGAAAAUCAAAGCAUUUUGGCUUCAUAGAAUUUGAAGAUCCUCAGGUGGCAGAAGUUGUAGCAGAUUGUAUGCAUAAUUAUCUGUUGUUUGAGCACCUUUUGCAAGUCCAUCUUAUUCCUCCAGAACAAGUUCAUCCGAAAUUAUGGAAAGGAUUUAACUAUAGAUACAAACCAGUGGAAUGGGUGCAAGUUGAACGAAAGCGUCAGAAUAAGGAGAGAACAUUGGAAGAGCACAAGAAAUUGGUUGAGAGGAUCUUAAAACGAGAUAAGAAGCGCCAAAAGAGGAUAGAGGCUGCUGGCAUUGAUUACGAAUGUCCAGAAAUUUUGGGUAGCAUCCAGCCUGCUCCAAAGAAGAUAAAAUUUGAUGAAGAGUAAGCAUCCUGAAGUUAGGUUACGAUCGGACGCUGCACCGACAGGAUUGAUUGAAGGUCGUUCAGUAAUGCUGCCUCACCAUGCUAGAUAAUUAGUUAAUUGCUUCUCUAACUAUCUACAGAGAAGCUUCUGUUUUUGACAAUCCACCUGUAUUUUGGAUGAUGAAAUUUAUAAUUUCAGUUGAGAUUGAGCU